AUGAAGUCGAAAUCCACGCAGAAGACUUUCGGACGCAAACUUCCGUACCAGAAACGCAAAGACAUCCAGUCUGGUUCCGUAAAUUCGAGCAGCAAGGCCAUACAGACAUCUUCGCUUUCGACUUCCCUGCCAUCGACAGACGCCGCGUCUGCAGCUCCGUCGCCUUCGCUUGGACUGGAACGCGCUCGCGAAACAUACGUUGACUCCUUCCAAAGAAAAUAUCCGAACAUGGAACCCCGCAACGACUAUGAGCUACUCACGCUUGCACAGCGCAAAGUGGAGGGGGCCCCGGCCGAGCUCCGUGCAUGGGUGGACGACCAACUGCUGAUUGACAUCCAAUGCGUCGGAACCAAGGAGGCUGUCUAUGCGGACGCCACAAAGGUACUGGAUAAUAUGGUAGGCCAAACGGGGCGUAAGCCACGCCCCGGCCGCGAUAUAAUGCAUACCUGUCAAAUUCCGGGAAGCAAGUACUCCAUCCGGCUAUGGCCGGGCAACCUCUACGUCAACGAGUACUGCAUGGAUUUCGUGAACACCGAGACGAAGGAAGCGGUUAAUACUCCAUUUGAGCUCGAGCUCUGGGCGGUCCCCGACCCCGAUGCGCCAUGGCUGGCCAUGUCGUCUGGUCGUCUCUACUCCCUGGAACACCACUUUCACGUCGCGCGGGACAAGAUCCUCCCGGGUUUGGAGAAGUGGGUGCUUCGCGACGGGCAGACGUGUUUGCUGAAGCGUCCAGGGAAGAAGGACGUCUUCUUCCGCGUUCCCGUCCGCCGGAAUCCGACUACUAUCAAAUACGAUGCCGACGUCCUCGAGUUCCCGAGGGAGGUGUAG